AUGGGAAAUCACAUCAGCAGUUCGUGGUUCUUUGGUAAUAUGCCCACCAACGCGUACAGAUUGUACAUGCAUCCGGAGGUGACGCCGCAUCCGCUGGAAGAGCCGAGCAACGACUCCUGCCUGGGUUUCGAGAGUCGCGGUAAACGCCAGACAAGUGUCACCCCCGACGAAUAUUAUUCGGCAAAGUUAGAGGCGAAGGAGCGCGAUUACUGUGCACAUCGCCUAUUGGAAUUCAAAGCGUGUCGCAGGGAUUACUGGCCCUUUCCGGUGUUCUGCGAGCACGAAAAACACAUGUAUCUGCAGUGUCAGUACGAGGAUUUUGUCCUGCGGAUGAAGGAAUACGAGAGGGAGAGGAGGCUAUUACAAAGAGGAAUUAUACAGAAGAAAGUUUCAUAG